GUCGCGAAACGAGCCGAUCGCCCAUCACUGCCUGUGUAUAAACAGUUGGCAAGAAACGAAGUCGAAAAACAGAAGUUUUGCUCGAAAUGGCAGCGUAAAAACCCAUUAAAGCCACUUUCAUUACUGCACGACCGAGUCGGAAUAUAUACAUAUAUAAAAUAGUGGCAGAUAACAGGCGGAGAGGCGGAAAAGCAGCGAAACACCCGGAACAUAUUGAUACAUAUGGACGUAGACUUCAAGAUAACGAAAGAACUUUCAGGCAUUUCCGAUAAUAUAUAAUGGUGGCGGCCAAGUACGAGCGGCUGAAUACCAGUGGUGAGGCGGGCGGGAACGGAAAUGGGAAUGCCAGCGAUGCAGAAGACGAGGAGAUCGAACUCCAUUUGGCCCAGAAGACGCAGCUGAGCAAUGGCCAUCGGUUGCGCCAGAGCAACUUCAAGUACGCCAGUGGAAAGUGUGGAUCCGGAGAGACGCCGUGCAGCAACGAAACGGCCACGUUGGCCCAGGAGAACAUGAUGAUGCAGAUGGCCGUGGGUACGCUGGCCAUUAUCUUCCUGUAUCUGGCGCUAUCCAUAUCGCUGACAUUCUACCAAACGGACAUCAACCGGCAGAUGCCCUUUCCCCUGGCCAUCGUAACCUAUCAUCUGGUUGUGAAGUUCCUUCUGGCCGCCGCGGCGCGCAGAAUCUACAGGAUGCGAGUGGGCCGAUCGCGGGUUCAGUUGGAUUGGAGGCUCGCCCUGCGGAAAAUGGCACCCACGGGAGUUGCCAGUGCCAUCGACAUUGGAUUCUCGAACUGGGGCCUGGCUCUGGUGCCCAUUUCCCUCUACACCAUGACCAAAUCCUCGACCAUUGUCUUCAUCCUGCUGUUCGCCAUCGCUUUUGGACUGGAGAAGAAGAGCUGGUAUCUGGUCUCGAUUGUGGGCCUGAUAGGCACUGGCCUUCUGAUGUUCACCUACAAGUCAACGGACUUUAAUGCCCUGGGUUUCUUCUUCAUCCUGUUCGCCUCGCUGAGCAGCGGACUGCGAUGGAGUUUCGCGCAGUUCAUAAUGCAGAAAUCGAAGCUAGGCUUGCACAAUCCCAUCGACAUGAUAUAUUACAUGCAGCCGUGGAUGAUUGCCUCGCUGGUGCCCCUCGUAAUUGGAAUCGAAGGUGCCGGCCUCAUCGCGGUAAUAGAAGAUCUGCACAACCACACCUCGAAUGAGAUAACUUGGGCCAUUGCGAGGAUAUCAGCGGGCGCUUUGCUGGCUUUCCUUAUGGAGUUCAGCGAGUUCCUGGUGCUCUGCAAGACCUCCAGUCUGACGCUCUCGAUAGCCGGCAUUUUCAAGGAUAUCUGCCAAUUGGCACUAGCCGUGACCAUCAGGAAAGACCAUCUGAGUGUCAUCAACUACAUUGGCUUGAUCAUUUGCCUGGCGGGUAUCGUUUGCCACCUCCUGCACAAGUACUCCAAUAUGAAGGAGAUGCAGCGGCAGCAGGAGUUGCCGCUCGAUAACGACCAGGAGGAGUCGUUGCCAGGGGAGUACAAAUUCAACGAGGGCAGUGCCAUUGUGGGUGUCCAUGUGAAGUCGCACUCCACGCUGACGGUGCCAUUGCUGGAGCAAACCGACUCGGAGGACGAGUCUGGUGCGAGCAACAAACAGAACGCCUCCGAUGUGAUCUUCGACGUGCUGAAGCGACGCGACAUGCAGCGAUGAAAGCCAAUCCUUGUACAGAUGUCCUGUAAAUGUUGUAAAUUCAAACUACUUUUAUGUUUACCAGCACCUUGGCCCACGCAACUACUUACCACACUGGGAUUAGCAAUGCAGGUUUAAGUAAGCUAGUUAGUUUGACACUCUUCAUUCCUUCCGACACCGAUUCCCUCAACUUCCUCGAUGCAUUCCCGCCUUGUGCAUUUAGGGGCUAGGCUAGAUAUAUGAGACGUACGUCAAAUUGAAGUGUAACGACACGAAAUCUAAGGGACAAAGAGUAAUCUUUGGACAACCAAUUAACCUUUAAAUAGCAGUUAGUUUUAAUCUUUUUGCACUUGUGAAGCUGAAAAUGUAUUGAGAACUGUCCAAAGUUUGCUUGAGUUCCGAAAUCUAUCUCGUUUCUUUUUUGUAAAAACUCAAAUUAAGUCAUACGACCUAUGUAAAAAUAAGAAAGCCUUAAUGACCCUUUCAUUGUUCCUUAACUGGCACUUUAAUUUGGCACUCCAAAUAGAAUUGUAAACCUUUAAAGUUAUAAGAAUUUUAAAUUUGAAAGCUCCCGCAAACGUCUGAUUAAAUUAAACAAGGGGCAUUGUUCUUUAGCGAAUUAUAAAUAAUGUCUUUGUUGUUUUUAGUUAAUGCAUCAUUUUU